GGUAACAGAGGAGUCCUUAACAACCGGGCCGGCUGUAUAUAAGAAUGCAGGACUUGGCGCGGAAUCACAUUCCCCUGCACUGUAACAAUGGGAUGCCAGAGCUCUAAAGUGCAGGUCGUCAAACCCACGGGCAGGAGGAGGAGUGGGUGGGCAGAGGAUGGCAAGGCACAAACCAAGGAUGAACUGACGUUGCAAAAGGACAUAACUUCCAAUGCAAGAGAUGGAUCUGCACUGUCUAAGGGGACACUGGAUAGCGGCGUGGGUCUUGAAGAUGGGGGUGCUGGCAGUCAUAUUCCAGGAACAGUGUCAGAAAUAGUGUUUUCGCCAAGAAGAGCAAAUGCUUUAAAUAAGGAUAUUUCUUUACUAAAUCGAGAAGCAGUCACAAGAGAGAGACAAGCCUCCUCUGAUAUCCUGGAGGAGCUAAUGUCUCAAGGGAUAAUACAGAGCGAGAGUAAGGUUGUGAAGAAUGGAGAAGCAUAUGAUGUAAUGGUGGACACACCAGGAAAAUCCAUACGAAGGCCCCCUGCAAAACUGGAAAAACUGAAAACUAUAAAGAAAAAAAACAACAGUCUUACCAAGGAAGACAUUGAAGCCAAGAUGAAAGCUGCAGAAGAAAGAAGAAAGACAAAGGAGGAAGAACUAAAGAAAAGACUGCGUGACAGACCAAUGACUGCCUUACCGAGCAUAUCUCAAUUUAGAAGGGAAGGCUCUUUAACACCUGAUGAUGGACAAGAAGCUGAAGCCACAAAACCAACUGAAACCUUAGAUUCUUAUGCACUGGAAAAUGGAAUAAGUGGAACAACUCAGAGCCCUGGUGCUGGAGAUAACGAUGCUGAUAUAAAUGUUGUGGAAUCUGACAACACCUAUAACAACCCGCCUGACCAGACUAAUGACUUUGAAAAUGACUUCUAAGGCUAAGUUUCUACUUGGUUUUUUUUUGUCCUGAGUUUUUUAGGUUGAAAAAAACACAUGAAAAACACCUGAAAAACACCAGUGCAAUUUCCUGCAUCUGGCGUUUUUUCUGGCGUUUUUUCAUUUGUGUGGAAAUUGCAUUUUUGGCACAUUUUUGGUGUUUUUUUUUUUUGUAAUGUUUAUAUUUUAUAACAAAAUGUUAAUUAUUUUUUAAUAAAGUGUGUGUGUUUCACUUUUUUAUCUCUAUUUUUUUUAAUUUUUUAGGUAGUACUACUACUCCCACUAUUGAACAGAUGGUUCCAUGAUGGGAGUAGUACCUGUACUAAUAGACAUAUCGCCCGAUGCGAUCGUCCAUAAUAUAGCAGAGAUGUGGAGCUGCUCUAUACAGCGCUCACAUCUCUGCACUAUACUCCGGCCAGUGAUGAGAAUAGAACAUCACUCAUUCAUAUUUUCCGCUCAGAGUGGUGGUUGGCCGGAUGGUUGCAGCCAAUCACCGCUCUCAGAGGGAAAUAUGAAUGAGUGAGUGGCCGGCCGGAGUUUAGUGCAGAGAUACGAGCGCUGUAUAGAGUUGCUCUGCAUCUCUGCUAUAGACAGGAUGAUCGCAGCAGGUGUCAG